AUGGCAGAUAAAAAGCCUUUGACGUACGCCGAUGCUGGCGUUUCAUUUGAAGCAGAAUCCGAGGCGAUAUCACGGCUUAAACGCCUUGUUCAAACCACCUAUCGACCUGAGGUGCUCAGUGAUGUCGGAAGUUUUGGCGGGCUUUUUGCACUCAAAACCUAUCGAGAACCGGUUCUUGUUUCCAGUACGGAUGGCGUUGGCACAAAACUAAAGGUCGCGUUUAAAGUCGGGCGGCACGACACGGUCGGUUUCGAUAUUGUCGCACAUUGCGGCAACGAUAUCGUCGUGCAGGGAGCAGAACCCCUCUUCUUUUUAGAUUACAUCGGCAUUAGUAAGGUAGCACCGGCGAUGAUUGAAGAGAUCGUAGCGGGCCUCGCAUCAGGAUGCAGAAAGAUCGGUUGUGCCUUAAUCGGCGGUGAAAUCGCAGAGUUGUCAGAUAUUUAUACACCCGGUGAAUACGACUUGGUGGGAACUAUUGUCGGUGCGGUUGAAAAAGCCGACGUGAUCACCGGAGAGAGAAUUACGCCGGGAGAUCAACUCAUCGGUUUAGGGUCCGCAGGUUUACAUACGAAUGGCUUUACAUUAGCUCGACGUAUUCUGUUCGACAGGUGCAAUUACAGUGUAGACACCUACGUCCGUGAACUGUCUGCGACAGUCGGGGAGGCACUGCUUGCCUGCCACAAAAGUUACGUGAAUUCUAUUCUGUCCCUUCGUAAAGUAUGCGACAUUAAAGGUCUUGCCCAUAUCACCGGAGGCGGUCUAUCAGCAAAUGUGGCGCGGAUCCUCCCAGAUGGGUGUACUGCCUAUAUUCGGAACGGCACAUGGGAGAUUCUGCCUAUUUUCUCGUUUUUACAGGCGAAAGGGGACGUUGAAGCGGCAGAAAUGUACAGAGUUUUCAAUAUGGGAAUUGGGAUGGUAGUGGCAGUCGCGCCUGAUGCCGUUGAUGCUGCCCUGGAGUCUCUUAAAGCGUCUGGGGAAUCCACUUAUCGAAUUGGUGAAGUAAUCCCGGGAGAAAAGGGGGUCCAAGGUGUCCCUUCCUAA